UGAGAAAAGUGAAAAUUAACUGUUUUAUAUAAACAAACAAAGAUGAUUGUUCUUGUCUUUAUUAUUCUGCUUUACCGAAAAGAAGAUGUGUUGUAGAUUUUGAAUUGUAUGUGUACUCCAUGUGCAUAUGUGAUAAUGGGAUCUCUCUCGUGGGCCCAUGCAAUUAAGUCGUCCGUUAUAAUCAAACCAAACCUUCUACCAUAUAAAAAAACACAAUAGGUUCGAUGGAGAAGAUGGCUGAUAAUGCUGUUACCGCGGAUGUACUGGUUAUAAUAACAGAGAGAAAUGAGAUUUUAACGCUGGAUACUUGUACCUCCCUUCUUCCCAUUCUAACAGGUCUCAUAGAGAUUGACAUGGAUCAGCAUCUGAGCGUUUCUCUUGACUUGCUGCUUAAGCUGGUUAGAAUGUAUGGGUCGCCAAUUUACUCAACAUUGUCAGCUCCAGCAUCUGUUGGUGUAGAUAUCCAAGCUAAGCAAAGUCGUUGCUUUGUGGAACUAGAGAAAGCCAAAGCAUGCCUUCCCUCUCUAUCAAGAAGAGGAGGUUUGGUGGCCAAGACUGUGCUUGAACUCAACUUAGCAUUUCAGGAAGUUUCAUGAUAAUCACUCACUCCUCAAGUCCCCAAUCAAUGCUUGUUUUUAAUGUGGAUUUGGUUCUCUUAACAAAAACAAAAGCUGUUGAUACUAAGAAUUUCUGCUCUUUAGAAAGACACAUGUCCAGUGUUCUCUCAACUCAGCAAUAUAUUCUUUCAUGGUUUCUUGGAUUUGAUCCUUGAACGUUCUAAAUCUUUUUUUUUGUUAUUAAGUAAAGGAUUACAAACCGCGUUCGUAGUUAUACAGUUUUGACAAACGAUAACAAGAGGGGAACAUAUAUAAUGUAGAACAAUUGAAUAUCAUGCUUGGAUUUUACUAAUACUAUGAAGAUUUCUGCUCUUGCCCAGUAAUGUUUCACUUUUUGCCUGUUCACUGGAAAUUCCUCCUCCCCUUUUGAAUUGGACAGGACAAUGGUCCCAUACGCUCUCGAUGCUGGAAGAUUUCGUAGAGGUUGUCAGCUGUCUUCUCGAAAAUGUUUUUGGUGCGUUUAUGCUUUAUUGGUGGUACUGCAACUUUUUCUUUCUACAACUCUAUACAAGGCACCAUGGCCUUGGGACUUAUAGCCGUGUGUCCACCUUGGUUUCCCAUUCCAUGAACCAUAGAGUGCAAAUGUAUCUCCCUAGCUUUUAUGGAUGGUUUUCUCUCUCUAAGAAUCUCUUUUUUAUAAGUGUCAAAAGAUUUAUCGCACCAACCUCUUUGUCUGAAUCAGUUUAAACUUCUUCUUCUAGAGUGAUUAACCAGGGAAAAGACUGACUUCACGCUCAUACAACUAGAGUCAAGAAGAAGUAGACUCUUAGUCAUCUGUGAGCAAGAUAACAAAGUUUUUCAGAUACACAGAGGAAAAUGAUGAAGAAAAUGACUGCAAAAAUGUUGGGACUGUUCUGGGCAAAACCAGAUGAAACAUUCCCUUGAAAUUGUCUAAUUUUUUUGUUUGAAAAAAGAUUACAUAAGCAUAGACUCCCAAAUUUAUAAGAAAAAAAAAUUUGCCAAAUUUUACUAAUUUUCCUAUGGUCCCAAUAUCUCAGAAUCGGUCCUGAAUAAAUGUUUCAAAUGUCUUUCUUGAUUAAUUAAAUAAAGAAAAAAUAUCUUUCUCGAUUGUCCUAUGUUUUUUUCUGGUAACUUCAUCUAACAAACUCAAGCAUAUCCACUCCAGAUUUGAUUCCAUCCCAUCUAAGUUGUGAAGAUGGUAAGAAAAUAAAUACCAACAACAGAUAAUAUAUUGGUGCUACAUGCAUGUAUAUGGAUAACCAUAAAAUCCAUCUAAAAUAAAGAUCAGCAUCAAUUCUUAUUUAUUUGUAACUAUUUUUUAAAUGAAAAAGUACAUAUAAUGCAAUUAUCAUUACUUCAUCAUGUUAGUUUGUUUUUACUUCAUUCAUGUUUUUUUUUACUUCAUUCAUGUUCAUUUUUUCAUUCGCGUAAAUACUUGUAUGUUGAGAUUAUGUAUGUAAAUCUUAUAUUUAUUACAGAUUAUUUAAAACAUAACAUAUAUAAAGACCACUAUAAAAUAUAUGACGAACAUUAGGACCAUCCGUUUUAUGGGCAAUCGAUAUGUUGUCUGCCUUGUAGGCAGAUGUUUCCAAACAAGCCCACUGGGUAGUAUCCACCAUAGAGGCUGAUGUCGCUGAGCAUAACGGUCAGACAAUCGGUGCUCUCGUCGUUAAGGUAUGGGCUGUACGGACAUGCAAGCUUCUUGAAGGCAGCACAACAUUGAAGGGGUGGGUAAAGGGGACCUUUGCAUCGGCUUUUUAUGAUCUUGUAGUUCAGAUAAUGAAAGUCAAUUGGACACUGAACUUUUUCGGUCUGAAGCAGCAGGUUUCUCGAUGAAUAGACGGUGUAAACACCAUCUGAGAUGAAAAGUGAGAGCAGAAGAAACAAGGGAAGAGAACUAGAGAAGAGUUUGAUGAUCAGCUUCAUGAUUCUCUUCUGGUGGUUGAAAAAGUACGAAGAGACUUCUAAUAUAUAAAGACACUGGAGUGAGUGUGUGCACAGACCCAAACUAAGUUCUUAUGGGCUAUAGAUGGGCCUGCUGCAUUACAUGGACAGAAGUUCCAGGUGUGCUGCGAACUUCCCAUAACAGAUAAACACAGAUAAGAAGAUGACUGAAAAUACGUUUUAGAUUUGUUUCUUUCUUGGACGAGAUAAUAAUAUCAAUCAUUCAUGUUCAUUAUUUCAUCCGCACAAACACUUCUAGGUUGAGAUUAUGUAUGUCAAUCUUAUAUUUAUGAAAAAGUUUUUAAACAUAACAUAUAUAUUCAUGUUUAUAACAUUUUUUAAAAAAAUAUAAAAUAUUUUUAUGUUGCAUAUAAAAAAACAUAUUUUCAUGUUCAUUACUUCAUUCGCGUAAACACUUCUACGUUGAGAACUUGAGAUUAUGUAUGUCAAUCUUAUAUUUAUAACAUAAUUUUUAAAACAUAACAUAUAUUCAUGUUCAUGUUCAUUACUUCAUUCGCGUAAACACUUCUACGUUGAAAACUUAAAAUUAUGUAUGUCAAUCUUAUAUUUAUAACAAAAGAUUUAAAACAUAACAUAUAGAAAACAUUAUUGAAGAACAUAAAAUAUAUGAAGAACAUUAGGACCACCCGGUUUAUGAAAAACAUUAUUAGCAAUCAAUAAGUGGUCUGCCGGCUAGGCAAUUGGUUGAAAACAAUCCAACCGGGUAUCCACCAUAAAGUUUGAUAUUGCUGAGCAUAAGGGUUAGACAAUCAGUGCUCUCGUCGUUGAUGUAAUUUCUGUAAGGACAUGCAAAUUCCUUGAAGGCAUCACAACAUUCCACGUGUGGGAAAUGGGGACCUUUGCAUCGGCUUGUUAUCAUCGUGUAGUUCAUAAACUGAAAGUUCAAUGGACAUGGAACUUUUUCGGUGGUCUGAAGCAGGUUUCUUGAUGAAUACACGGUGUAAAUACCAUCUGAGAUGAAAACUGAAAGCAGAAGAAACAAGUGAAGAGAACUAGAGAGGAGUUUGAGCUUCAUGAUUCUUUGUGGUUGAAGAACUGUUAAGAGACCUUCUGAUAUAUAAAGAUACUUGUGAGUGUGUGAACAUAUCCAAACCAAAUUCGUAUGGACCAAAGAUGGGCCUAUCUAUCAAACUCCAGCUUAUCCACUUUACUUUUGAUUCAUCCCAUCUAAACUUGUGAAGAUGGUUUGUAAAGAAAUACCAACAACAAAAGAUUUGUUUCCAAAUGUGAAUAUGGAUAAUCAUAAAAUAUAUCUAUCAUUAAAAAAGUCAGAGGUCAAUAUCAACAACAUUUUUUUUCUCCAAUAGUUUUGGGUACUAAUGCCCACAAUGUAUUCAACAGAAUUACAUAAUGCAUGUGUAAUAGCUUUUUAAAUCAAUGUUCAAAAAACUAAGCAUUGUAAUUUGUCCACCUUGGAACAAUGAGAGAGGACUGCAGUUUUCUUAUAUUAUAUUCUGCAUAUUCUCAUAAACUUUUUAAAAAUAAUAUAACUGAAUGUAUUUAAAAAUUGGUAAUUGAUGCGUCAUUUUUAGUGAAUCAUUUGAAUAUUCAGGUUUGUAUUAUCAUCACCGCCAUGAACAACAAUAGUUCCACGACCUGUGUGCUUGGCAAAUUCGGAACCAAAAAUGUGCACAACUGUGGCAUGAGUUCGAACAAUUUCAUAUGGGAAAUUGAACACAAACCAACAACACCUUGAAGCAAAUCAUAUACAAAACAAAAUCAAACAAAAAAUCUAACAGACAGACAAAACAACAGAUUAAUAGGUUAAUAAAAUUGUGAUUUCAGAAUACUUGGUCCUAGUGGACGCAUAUCUGGCGAAACACUGUAGUAAGCAAGAGCAACUCUAGAUCCCUGGGAAGCUUCCAUGAGAUUAGUUUGUAAAGAUCAACAGGAAGGGGAGAAGGCACGAGAGCAUCCAGAUUAGGAGAUGGAAAGCGAGCAAAGGAACAUGACAGUAUAAAUUUUUAUAUUAGAUCUAUCUAUUCCAUCAAAUGAUGAUGUUAUAACUUCAAUCUGAUUUAUUAGUAAUCAUUUUAACUGAAAAAGUGGAAAAGAGAGAAUAGUUUAAUAAUUUGAAGUUUAGUUAAACAAUUUUUAUAGUCAGCGAUAUCAAUCACUAAUCAUGUAAAACAAAUACAUGUGUACAGUAUAACCUCUAUAAAUUAAUAAUGUUGGGACUUUAAAAUUUUAUUAAUUUAUAGAGGUAUUAAUUUAUAGAUAUAUAGUGAAAUUUCACAAAUUCCCAAAUAUUUCUUUUAUUUGAAUCAAAAGUUUUCUGCAAAUGUAUAUUCUUUUAUGUUUUCUUUUUUUAUUUAAAUUUGUCUUUUCUUACAUUUACAUAAUUUCAUGUUUUACGUAAUGCUCAUAUUUUCUCAUUUAAAUUUCCUUUUUGUUGCUUUAGGAGAAUUAUUAUAUAUACUAUUAUAUAUGUUAAUUAAAAGUAAAUUGACAUUCAUGAACUUGAGGUUAUGAUUAAUAAUCUUGGCAAUCGCAAUAGAAUGGAUGUUAAUACCCUACUCGAUUAUCCCGGUGAAAAUGGUACAUGCUUAGAAUUUCAAAGUUUAGAUGAAAUUGUGGCUAGUGUUCUUAAUGUUGAUGAUGAACCAGAAGAUGAUGAUGUGGAAACAGUUACAUGUAAGGAAGUAAUUGCCGCUUCUAAAACUCCUCACAAUUUUUGGAUGUAGUUCGAGAAGACAACACCACAAGUUCUUGAUGCAAUAAGAAAAAUCAGAGAUGAGCUGCAAAAAUAUUUUGUUUUUAAGAAGAAACAUGCAAUAGUAGACAUAUAUAUUUAGUAGACUAUCUUAGAUAUAUGCGUAAGUUCUUA